AUGACAAUUCGACAAAACGAGAUGGACGAAGAAGAUGAGGAAGAUCAAACAAAAGUGAUCCGAUCAGACCAAUUAUGGGCCAUGUUAUUUGUUGUAAAUGCAACACCAACACCAAACAUGAAGAAGUUAAUUUGUUUUUUGUACUCGACUCCAGCUAGUAAUGCCUAUGUAGAAUGCGUUUUUUCGGAUAUGAAGCAUUUACUAAAUGAUUCUCGUAACCGUAUGUCAGUCGAAUCAAUAGCUGCUGAAUUGCAAAUUCGUCGAAAUGGCUCAAUAUCAUGUAUUGAUAUGCAUAAAUAUUUAUUGUCGCAAAAAGAGUUAUUGAAAGCAAUUAGUUCUAAUAACAAAUAUACAUUCAAAAAAUAG